AUGGAGGCUGCAGUGCUCAGCGCUACGACUGGGGUGAAGCUGAAAGAAGGAGGGCCUUUCGGUGCUUGCAUCACCCGCAAUGACGUUGUUGUUUGUUGCGCUCACAACACAUUUUUUUCGGACCGUGAUCCAACUUGUCACGCUGAGAUGAAUGCUAUCCGUAUGGCUAUGCAUCUGCUGAAGACUGAUGAUCUCGCUGGUUGCGUUAUUUACUCAUCUUUUGAGCCCUGCCCUAUGUGCUGGGGUGCAAUACUAGCAAGUGGAAUAAGGCUACUUUAUGUCGGCUUGGACCGUCAUACUGCAGCUAAGAACGGUGUGGAAUAUCUGGGCUUUUAUGAUGCCAUUCUUGACACUAAGGAGAGCAUUUCCCCAAUGAUGCACAUCAACCCACCAGCAUCUGACAGUGAUGAGAAAAUCAUUUCUAUGCUUACUUCUCCUGAGCAUUGCAUAAUUGUCAACAAGGAUAACAAGAUUAUAGCUGAUAGCAGUACACCUUCCAUCGAGUCGUUCACGGAUUCUGUGGACACUCUAAUGGUUAAGACUAUUCGUCUGGCUUGUCGAGCGAUCAAUUCGCCCUACCUCCAAGGCUGCAAAAUUUUCACCUUGGAAGCACCAGAUGUCGAGUCGCAUGCUGCCUGUCUAUGGGCUCUCGUUGAUUCCCUUCACUACUGUUCUGAGGCCCUACCUGGUUCGAGGUGA